AUGGGCAUGGAACACUACGUUAAGGUGAGGGACUUCGGCGGUAAUAGCGGAGCCUUUCUGGCCACGGACAAACAUACACCGGGUAAAAAGGUCGUCAUCAAACGCCUCGCCGACGGCGCACAGGGCAUGGAUGAACUUAAAGCUUCACUCUCUGUACAACACCCUAAUAUAAUACAUUUUCUUGAAUCUUUUGUAUAUGAGGGUAGUUUGUAUGUUGUUCUUCGCCACGAGGCGGGUGGAGAUAUGGAUAACCUUAUCACUCGCCUUUUGAAGCUUCACAAACUUCCUACGACACAUACUUUAUUGAUGUGGUAUACACAAUUGCUUGAUGCUUUAGCACAUUGUCACUCACAGAGAAUUAUUCAUCGUGAUAUUAAACCUAGUAAUAUCUUUGUUUCUGAGGAUACGAAAACGUUGUACCUCGGUGACUUCGGUUCCGCUAAGGAGCUUUCGUCUACUAACCUGACAACUACAUUUGUUGGCACACCGCUAUGGAUUUCACCGGAGGUGCUUCAGGGCAAAUCCUACUCUUAUUCCUCUGAUAUAUGGUCUCUUGGGUGUGUUUUUUAUGAGAUGGCAUGUCUCCACCGUCCAUUUACUGGCAAUUGCUUUGCGAGGCUUGUAAGUGAGAUCACUAGCGGCAGCUUGGCACCGCUACCGGAUGACAUAAUUCCCAUCAUUAAAGAGGUAAUUAUACAAAUGCUUGCACUGGAUCCUUCCAAGCGACCCACGGCGGCAGAAACAUUGGCAAUUCUGAAGCGUGCCCUCGCGUCGGAGAAGGAAAUGCAAAAAAAAAUACCAGUGCGCCACACAAACCAAAAAAAUCGCCUCGGAACUUACGGUGGGUCACCCCACCGCGGGAGGCUCAAGGGUCCGUUGCCAGAACCGCCAAACUCCAUACCAUGUCGUCAUCUAGAAUACUGUCCAACGUUGUCAAAAAUGGAUCCAAAGCCAAAGCGACGAAUAAUUUUUCGCGAUAUAUGA